CCCAAUAAUGCAACGAACGAAAUAUCCAUAGAGCUUCACAUUCCUUAAUCCCCUAUUUAAAAUCCCAUCUCAUCAUCCCCUUUUUUAAUACUCUCUACUUUCUCUCCUCCUCCGCCGUGGAAUUCUGGUUAUGUUCGCCGCCAAAGGUAAUACAACUAAACGCUUAAAUAUAGUAUUAUAAUGCCGUCGCCGAAGAGUCACCGGAAAGGAGGCCAUGAGAAGAACAAGAAGGGGCGGUUGUCGGAGAAGGCAUCGUCGUUCCACGGGAGGGAUGCCGGAGGUAUGACCGACAUGCUUCCGCGGCCGAGGACGGUGCCGGACUUGCUGGCCGGCAGGAGAGGCGGCGGGAGUCCGGCGCCGACGCCGGCGAAGCUGACGAAGUUGCUGGUGAACGUGACAAUACAGAGGAGCCCUGGCCCUGUGCACGUCUUGAUGGCGCCGGAGGCCACCGUGCAGGACCUGAUCGCGGCGGCGCUCCGCCAGUAUGUCAGUGAGGCGCGGCGGCCGGUGCUUUCAUCCACCGCCUGCUCCGCCUUCGAUCUCCAUUACUCUCAGUUCAGCUUAGAAAGUUUGGAUAGGGAGGUGAAGAUAGUGGAUUUGGGUUCAAGAAACUUCUUCCUCUGUCCGAGGCAGAUUGCGGCGGAAGGCGGCGGCGCAUCCAGCUGCUCGAAGGAAGCUGAGGAAAGCAACACAAAGAAAGGGUUGCCGUGGCUUAAAUUCAUGGAUUUUUUACUGUAAUUCAAGGCUGCUUAAUGACAGCCACGAUUACUUUUGCGGCUAAUUCUUUUUAAAUGAGGAGUAUUUGGUUUGCAAAAGAUGUAAAUAUUGUGAAAUCAUAGAAUAUGCGUUUUUAGGUAUCUAUAGAGUUUAGUUUUAGCCAUGUAAGAUUCACAGGAAUGGCUCUUAAUUUCUGUUUUACAGUACUAUGUUUUAGUUGUCCAAAAAAACACAAGUGUAUAUGUUAUAGUAAUAUGUUCAAAUUUGAUUUAAAAUUAUUUUA